CAUCAUUCGUAAUUUCCGUACGACAUUUAUCUGCAAAUUAUCCAAUAGGGCUUGAUAAACUUCUACUGGUUUUGUCGAAAAUGGUGUCUGUGAAUAUUGACACCAUUGAUGAGUUGCUUCCAGAAAUCGAAUCGUGCAUAAAGCAAGCGGACUUCAUAGCCCUUGACACAGAAUUUUCCGGGCUGAAUAUCGGAUCAGGCUCACGCGAAUCCCGCUUCGAUCAGGCCCAUCAUCGAUACAGCCGCUUCCGACAAAAUGUCCGAGAAGCCUCACUUCUGCAGUUCGGAUUGGCUUGUUUCACUCGUCUUCCGAAGGCUGUCCCUGAUCAUGGAGAUAAUUUGGAUCAACAGAGGACCUACAAAGUGACAUGUUUCAACAUCGUCCUGGCACCAGCUGACACUGGGCUUAAAGAUUUUCGCACAAAGAACUUCGUUAGUGAAUGGAGCGCAAUGCGGUUCCUGAAAAAUCAUGGCUUCGAUUUGAAUGAGGUUAUUGAACGUGGAGUGCCGAAUCUGUCCAUUGCGGAACUGGAGCAUUUGGCUGUCAAAUUGCGCCGCGGUAUUUGCGCCUUGAAGGAUGCCGAAUUUUCGUCGGAAGCCCUGCGGAUGGCGGAAACCGAUGCUCAAUCGGUGGAAAGUAUCAUCGACUCCGCGAAUGGCUCUUUUGAACCCCAGCAGUUAAGAGGAUUAAGAAGUCCUCCCAUUGCAUUGCACUGUGUGCUUCGCGAGAUGUUUCCGCGGAUUUGGACAACACCAUUGUCAUGGAAUUCGAUGCAGUUCCAGUUUGUUAAUGCAAACCAGAGGGCUGCAUUCGAGAAUAAUGAUCGCUCUGUUGAAGAAUGGUUUUUGAAACAAUCUAGUUUAGGCGGAAAAAUCUUCGCACAAAUUAUUCAAGAGAAGAAGAUUUUAGUGGGUUUUCAAUUGCUUCAAGAUCUGAUGUUUCUUGUUGACACGUUUUACGGUCCUAUACCUGAAGAUUAUGCGGAUUUCAAAGCGAUUAUUCGAGAAGUCUUCCCCAACCUUUAUGACGGAAAGGUCAUCACGCAAGCCGUGUCGCGGAUGGAAAACAUUAAUGGAUUCGGGCACUUUGAUGCGCCUUCACUGGAAGAGCUUUUCAGUACAAUGAAAUCGGCAAAGACAACUGGUGUUUUUCAGUAUGGGCCGAAAUUCGAACAGGACGAUCGUCACGACCACUACGAUACGGAAAACAAGGCUCACGAGGCGGCUUAUGACGCGUAUAUGGCGGGUGUUGUAUUUCUAAACACAAUAUUUGUAUUGAAUGCCAGUAAAGUGGCCGAAAUACGAAAUCGCACUCUGCAAGCUGCUGCCCGUACGCUUCCUGCUUCUGGACGGCAGCGAGAGGCUACCUUGCACACACUUCCACCUCUACUGCUGCUACGUACGGAAAUGGACUUCGCAGCGCUUGAUGAAUACCGAGGGCUUCUUUAUCUCCACAUUGCUGCCGACAAAACUAUGAAUGUUUUUGGAGAAGACGAACAAGCGGUUCGCAGCAAGGCGUGGGUGAGACUCGUGUCUGGUAAUGAGAUGGUUCCUGUCUGCAAAUCACAGGUACUGGCUGUUUUCCUACAAGCAUGCGUCUAUGAGCACCAUAUCGUAAGCCAAGAGGAGAUUAUCAUAGCCUGCCCAAGCCAAGAAAGGGCUACGAAAGUGGCAGAAUAUGCGAACAACUUUUUGGGAGUGAAAGCGUCGGUAUUUGAUUCGUGCACAAUGCGGAAACUCGAUGAACACCGCGUUAUUAAGUCAAAGAGAAGUUAUUCGAAAAUGAUUUUCUGGGCGAGCUUGUGUGUGUUGGUGGGUGUCGGCUUCCGAAAGUUAUCCGGACGGAUAUGGUAAAGGGAAACUAUGACCCUGAUGGAUUCUUGACUCUGCCAUGUGUGACUUUGGUUUUAUGGGGACCGUAUUAUUGCUUUUACUUGCUUUAAAUUCCACUCGAUGAAUGCUGGAAUAUAGGUCUUACGUACCUUUAUAAGCAUUUGGUGGAAGAAAAAGCCCCUUCCUGUGUGGUUUCAAUGUGAUAGCUCCAAUCCAGAUAUUUUGUGUGUGUUAAAUAGUGUGCGAUCCGUAAUGCUUUUGUUUAGGGAUAAUUUUUAACGAGCAAAAAUAAAAUG